AUGGAAGCGGAGGGCCGGGUAUCGGGGCCACCGCUCCCCGCCGGCGGGGAAGGGCCCGGGACCGACUCGCAUCUCGCUGCGGGUGCCCUCGGCACGGCCCGGGGGCCGCUGCUCGCCGCCGCCGACGUGCUGGCGCUGGACGAUGAGGAAGACGACUUGGAGGUGUUCAGCAAGGAUACAUCUCUGACUGAGGUAAACUCAUUCAGUCCUUCAGUGCCAAUAUCCCCCUCAUCAAUGAUAAACCAGUAUAAAUUUGAAGAUGGGCCAGAAUUAAGAGAUCUCUUCAUUACAGUUGAUGAUCCUGAAAGCCACAUUACAGCCAUUGAAACAUUUAUUACAUACAGAGUAGUCACAAAGACAACCCGUGGUGAAUUUGACUCCAGUGAAUAUGAAGUUCGAAGGAGAUAUCAGGAUUUCCAUUGGUUGAAGAGCAAACUUGAAGAAGCACAUCCAACACUGAUUAUUCCUCCAUUGCCUGAGAAAUUCAUAAUGAAGGGAAUGGUAGAACGAUUUAGUGACGAUUUCAUUGAGACUCGAAGAAAAGCUUUACAUAAAUUUUUGAACCGUAUUGCUGAUCAUCCAACUUUAACUUUCAAUGAGGACUUCAAAAUUUUUCUUACUGCACAAGCCUGGGAACUCUCCUCACACAAGAAGCAGGGUCCUGGUUUGCUGAGCAGGAUGGGACAGACUGUCAGAGCGGUAGCGUCCUCAGUAAGAGGAGCAGUUAAAAAUCGUCCUGAAAUGUUUACAGAAAUGAACAAUUACAUGGAAACAUUUAGUCAGAAAAUAAACUUACUAGAUAAAAUAGCUCAUAGGAUUUACAAGGAAGAAAGGGACUAUUUUAAUGAAAUGAAGGAGUAUGGCCCCAUCCACACGCUGUGGUCAGCAUCAGAAGAAGACCUUGCAGACUCCCUGAAGGGCAUUGCCAGCUGCAUCGAGCGCUGCUGCAGGGCCACGGAGAAGCGAAUGGCAGGGCUCUCAGAACACCUGCUGCCCAUCUUACAUGAAUAUGUUCUCUACAGUGAAAUUCUCAUGGGUGUUUUGAAAAGGAGAGACCAAAUUCAAGGCGAGCUGGAUUCCAAAGUUGAUGCUUUAGCCAAUAAAAAGGCAGAAAAGGAUCUGUUUUCAGAGGAGAUGGGGAAACUUGAAGACAAAGUUGAACGUGCCAAUAAUGCUCUGAAAGCAGAUUGGGACAGGUGGAAGGAGAACAUGCAGUUGGAUAUGAGAUCAACAUUCACUAAUGUGGCUGAGAAUAAUCUCCGUUAUUACGAAGAGUGCCUUGCUACGUGGGAGUCCUUCCUAACAUCUCAAACAGUGGAUCUUCAUGUGGACGAAGAUUCUGAAGACAGGCCUUGA